AUGGACACCUUGGGAGCUUUAGCAUUGGCUACUGAAAGACCCACCAACCAACUUAUGAUCAAACCACCAGUGGGUCGAACCGAACCACUUAUAACCAAUGUCAUGUGGAGGAACCUCACCGCUCAAGCAUUGUAUCAAAUCUUCAAUGAGUUCAAUGCAAGGAACCUGGAGAAGAAGAACAUAUUCAAGGGGUUGCACAAGAACAAACUCUUCGUUGGGAUAGUUGGGGCAACACUAAUUCUGCAAGUGUUGAUGGUGGAGUUUCUCAACAGGUUUGCAAACACCAAGAGGCUGAAUUGGGUACAAUGGGGUGCCUGUGUUGGCAUUGCUUCCAUGUCUUGGUUGAUCGGUUGGCUUGUGAAGUGGAUUACAGUUUCUGGAAAACAGUUUCUCUUCUUUUUCAGGCGAGGAGCACCUGCAACUUGAACAGUUCA